UCCCCACUCAGCUGCCCUGUGCCAGCCCUGCCCAUCACUCACCCCACUGCUAUUUACUUUGGCCUCAAGCACUACAAUGGUGGAAUGGUGGAGGGUGUGAGUAGAGAGCAAAGAAAUUUAAAGAGUGUAUAUGUAUUUCCCCUGCCUAGGCUAUGUGCCUGCCUUGAGAGGCAAAGAGCGAACUCCUCCUUAACUUCAUAACUCCUAAUACUUUGGUUUUUAUAUAGUCUACCUUGGAGAUAGAUGAUGCUAGGAACAACACGGCUCCCAUCGGGGCUCUCCCAGUCUCCCACGCCUUCUUCCUGCGGAGCCCAGCUCCUGCGAUCAGUGUCGAAUGUAGGAAGCCUCAGCAAGAUGCUCGAGAGAGGGCAGCAGCUCCCGGAAGCUUAUCGCUGGAGCUCGAGCGAGACGGCAGCAGCGGAGGAUGAUCCGGCGGAGCUGGAGGACGAGGUGGUGGUGCCUGUGAUCAACCUGGCGGAGCUGGAUCGAUCCGAUGAGAGGCGCAAGGAGAUAUGCGAGGAGAUGAGAUCCGCCUGCCGCGAGUGGGGAGCGUUCCAGGUGGUGAAUCACGGCGUGCCUGACCAAGUUGUGGAGCGAGCGCGGAGGACGAGCCUCGACUUGUUUGCUCUCCCCGAGUCGGACAAGCUCCGGGCCGAGAGACCACCCGGGACUCUCUUCGGCUACGGCGCCACCAGAAUGGCCUCCUUCUUCAACCGGCUAAUGUGGUCCGAGGCCUUCACCAUGAUGGGCUCUCCGCACAACAAUUUCGAGGCAUACGCCCGCAAGCUCUGCGUCCACAGCGAGCAAGAUUUCUGCAAGUCGUUUGAAGAGUACGAUAAGGCGAUGCGCGGCCUGGCCCUGCUCAUCACCGACCUCAUCCUCCACGGCCUGGAAGCAAGCGAGGAGCGAAUUCACCAACAUAUCCGGAACUUCUGGGGGAUGAUCCACAUGAACUUCUAUCCCCCCUGUCCCAGCCCCUCGGAAGCAAUGGGUCUCGCGUCCCACACCGAUUCCAGCUGCCUCACCAUCAUGCACCAAGGCAGCGUCGGAGGCUUGCAAGUGAAAAGAGGUGACAAGUGGAUCGCCAUCAAGCCUGUUCCCGGUGCCUUUGUCAUCCAAGUCGGUGACAUGCUUCAGUUGAUGAGCAACAACGUCUUCCAUAGUGCCUUGCACAGAGCUCUCGUUAACGAACGCUUCGAACGUCUCUCGCUGGUUUACUUCUUCACCCCGCCUCCCACGGUUUCCAUUUGCCCCAUCCAUCCCAGCAAACCUCUCUACCGCUGCCUCACUUGGAACGAGUAUCUACAAGUAAAAGCCAAGCUUUUCAUGGGAGCGCUGGAUCACUUCCUGUUACCUGAAUAAAGAAAACACACAAGUGUC